AUGUCAGGUCUUUUGCUGGCUGUGGCCUAUGUUGGCUCUAUCGCCGUCUACAGGUUGUUCUUCAGCCCGCUUGCCCGCUUCCCAGGGCCCAAGUUGGCAGCCCUCACAUUUGCUUAUGAGUUCUACUACGACUUUCUCAAAGAUGGCGGCGGCCCCAUAGUCCGUAUUAACCCGUGGGAAGUGCACAUCCGGGACCCAGAGUUCACCGAGGCUUUCAAGAUCUCGAGAAAGACUUCCAGGCCGUGGUGGUAUUAUCGGUCCAAUGGCCCGCCGAAUAGUGUUCUUCAAGCCGAACCUCAUGAGUUGCAUCGAAUGCGCCGCGAGGCUAUCCUGCCCGUAUUCGCCACCCCUCUUAUCAUGUCUCGUGAACACUUAUAUGAGGCGUUGGUGCAAAGGCUACUUGCGAGAUUCCGCGCCGCCAAAGGCACCGGCGUCGUGUUGACCUUGGGACAUGCUUUUCGAUGCCUCGCCAUCGACCUGACGUGUACCACGAACCUCGGCUAUGAUUUUGGGUUCGUCGACGUCGAGGACUUUGAGAAAGACAUGUUCAAUAUUGCUAGGACUCUUGGUCUCAGUCCUGGAAUGAUUCGCGUUCUACGCUUCCGGAACUUGAUCGAUCAGGCCGUCACUGAACAACAUCGUGCUGCGACGACCAAUAUCACAAGUACAAGCGGAAAGACUGGCGGUAGUGGCGCCGAUGAUGGCUUUAAAUCCACCGUCCAGCAUAUUCUCAAGUCGAACCUUCCAGCCGAUGAAAAGGAGUUGAAGCGCGUGGUGAAUGAGGUCUGGCUCUGCAUCAACGCGGGCAUCGACACAGAAGGCCAAGCCAUCGCGUUUGCGACGUUCAUGCUCCUAAGCCACCCCGAAGAGCUCGCGCAACUCCGUGAAGAGCUAGCAGAAUGCGAAAAGAAGCUUGGCAGACUUCCAACCUACCAGGAGCUCAAGGAGCUAAACUACCUAAACGCAAUCGUUCAGGAAUCGUUCCGCCUGAACCACCCCAUUGCCGGCCGGUUACCCAGGACUGACCCCGAUAACGAAAUCCAGUACGGGAAUGUGGUGUUCCCCAGGGGCGUCACCGUUUCCGUGUCCACGUACGACAUCUAUCUCGACCCCACGAUCUUCCCUGAUCCGCACAGAUUCCAGCCUAAGCGAUGGCUUGACCUGGGUGAGCGAAAGCGCCUCCGCAAGUACAUCAACAACUACGGCCGCGGGACCCGCAGCUGCGUGGGUAUGGACGUGGCCAACAUGGGAAUCUACUUGACUUUAGGACGCAUCUUUGCUCCGUCGGCUGGCUUUGAGCUCUCGUUACAUGAUACGCUGUAUGAGCGCGAUGUAGCCUUUGAUGCUGACUUCUUUGGGGCCUUUCCCAAGAGCGGUUCCAACCAUAUCAAGGCGACCGUAAUUUAA